AUGAAGCUAAAUCAAGGUUGCUUAUUUUUUCAUCCAAUUCCAAUCACCGUGACCUCAAAAUCUUUACCAGUUGAGCAAAGACGCACGGAUGUAACGCAUCAGUACUGUGGGAAUCAAAUUUUGAACCCACUGGAUAAAUCGACAAUUGAGUUGGAGGUGUUAAACUCAAGCCCUAGAGCUAUUGAGCCAUCGCCAGCCUCAGUCUCGAUAAAACUAGAAGAAAAAUUAAAAAUGGCCGAGAGUAAAGUUAACAAAAGCGAGAGUGUAAUUUUGGAGGACAACACACGUGGUAGCAAUUCUCUGAGAACCCAACUCUGGGCGAGAAACUCUGAGAGCGGGGAUGAAGACUUUCCUCUUAGCAACGACAACACCGCCAGCAGGAGUAACCCGAGUAAUCAGCCACGAUAUGACGCCAUAGCCUACGCCGAAGAUAAGAUGCGCAGAAAAUUGAGGUUUUUUUUCAUGAAUCCCAUUGAAAAAUGGCAAGCUAGAAGGCGUUUUCCCUACAAAUUCAUCGUCCAAGUGAUUAAAAUUAUUCUAGUCACUAUACAGCUAUGUUUGUUUGCUCACAAUAAUUAUAUUCAUGUUAAUUACACCUGGGAUAAUCGAAUCACCUUUUCGCACCUGUUUCUUCGCGGGUGGGAUGCUACUCAGGAGGUACCUGAAUACCCGCCAGUAACUGGUCCUCUGUCUCUGUACAAACAAAAAGAAUUUUACGAGACAAUAAACUACGCUCUGAAUGGUUACUACAAUUUAAAUAACUCAAUUGGAUCAUACUCAUACACUGCCGAGGACAAUUCGCUGGUUCCAGCAGUGCUAUGCCUGUACCAGUACAAAGAAGGCAUCAUCUUCGGGUUCAACGAGAGCUUCGUCUUCAACAACGAGAUAGACCGAACCUGUCUCACCGUAAACCACACGUUCCCCGAAACUCACUCGGUAGACUCAAAGAAGCUGCUGGAGGAAAAGGACGUGAUAAUAAACUUCUCGGCCUUGGUGAAGGCCCACCUGAAAUUCGCCGUAAAGACGGUGAAUCUGAAAGCAGCCAGCCCAAUUACUCCUCCAGACUGCUAUCAGUUCAACAUAAAAAUAAUCUUCGAUAACAGCGACUUUGACGGACAAAUGCUGCUGUCUUUGGACGUGGAAUCGAUCAGGCUGCUUUGCAAAGGCGACACCCAGUACAUAACAGACAACCAGUUAGACUCUGCGCUGAGAACUAUUCUUAAUCUCUUCGUUAUCCUUAUCUGUGGAAUCUCACUCAUUUUGUGCUCACGUGCUAUUUAUCGCGCCCAGUUACUUAAAUUCGAGACGAUAAGCUUCUUCAAGAAGACUUACGGCACCAAUUUGAGUCUUGAGGGUCGGCUCGAGUUUUUGAACAUGUGGUACAUCAUGAUUAUAAUUAAUGAUCUGCUGAUAAUAAUGGGCUCGGCGAUAAAGGAGCAAAUAGAGCGAAAAUAUUACGGCAGCGACCACUGGAACAUUUGUAGCAUUUUUCUGGGGACUGGAAACUUGCUAGUCUGGUUCGGAGUCUUGCGCUACCUCGGAUUCUUCAAGACCUACAACGUGGUCAUCCUCACACUGAAGAAAUCGGCACCAAAGGUGGUGAGAUUUUCAAUCUGCGCGGUUUUAAUCUACGCAGGAUUCACCUUCUGCGGGUGGUUGAUCCUCGGGCCGUAUCACAUCAAAUUCAGGUCACUGGCGACCACUUCAGAGUGUCUGUUCGCGUUGAUAAACGGAGACGAUAUGUUCGCUACCUUCUCAAUUGCCUCAUUCAAGUCUCCGAUCCUCUGGUGGUACUCAAGGAUCUACUUGUACACCUUCAUUUCCCUUUUCAUUUAUGUUGUACUGAGUCUCUUUAUUUCUAUAAUUAUGGACGCCUACGACACGAUAAAGCUGUACUAUCGUGACGGGUUCCCGAAAAAUGAUCUCCAGGCAUUUGUGUCGGUUUGUACCGACGAGGCGUCGAGCGGUGCUUUUAGGCAGGAAUCUGAAGGACCUGACUGGAAAGAUUUGUUGGAGCGGAUGUGUUGUUGUCGGAAAAGACCCUACGGGUCUAUUCAAGAGGGCUCUAGUGAUUCGUCAACGAAAUGCGACGAAAUCUGCGGUAAUCUUGUCUGUAUAUAG